CGUUCAUUCAUUUGUGACAGCUGAGUGCCGACUGACGGUGGCCGUUAAAAAUUUAAUUCAAGUUUUUGUACAGUUGUAAUUAUUUGUUUACUCGAAUUAUUGAGUUGAAAUGUGAAAACUUGUUGAAUCUCUAUACAAAAUAGUGUGUUUCUUUAUUACUUUACGUAUCAAAGUGAAAAUGAGUUCGGAAAAUUCAGAUUCGGGAUCGGGGCUAACGCUUUCGUUGGUGGCGCAGUUUGAUGAUAUAAACCGUUUGAACGGUGUUCUCAACGACGGAGCCGCUGAAGAAUGUUUCCUAGCGUUUGUAAAGCAGAUGGAAUGGGUGCGGUCCCAGUGGGCAUCCGCUGAGGCUGAGGCGGCCCGACUUCAAACGGAGUUGGACGAAGCCCACAAGACCCUCUCUAAGUGGGAGGCGAAGUUUGCUCACGUGAGGAAACUGCUGGACGGAGAAAAGAGGGAGAGGAAUAUUGUCCUGAAGAAGUAUAGUGAAUUGAGCAAACUUCUGGAAAUGGCACGUGAUUUGCUGUUCAACGACAACAGAAACAAGCUGAACGAUGAGACACUGCAGAAGCUUGCAUUCCUCAACGGCACUGCUCAGCAAGACCAUAACGCCAAGCUCAGUGGAGUGCCUGAGCUCAAUUCCACUGGCACUCUCCUAUCCGAGAUGUCAUACUCCCGUUCCGAGGAUGAUCUCGACAUAUCCUUGGCCUCGACUCGCCGUUCGUGGGUGCAACGAGGCGGGUGGACUGCGAGGGACAACCCGCCUGCGACCAAGAAACGAAGGUCGUCUACCUCAUCCGCUACCAAGGUCGGUCGGCAUGAUAAGACGGUUGAACUGCAAGGUGGUAAAGUGCUGGCCACUGCCACCACCACGCUGACUUUAGAGCGAGCACCCACCAACCACGACUUGAAACCGCCGACCAAUUUCCAACCUAUAUCGGAGAGUAGCGACGAGGCGCCGGCGCCGACGCCGACGCGCAAAUCCUCGGGCCGCGUGUCCGGGAUUCACAUCCCGCAAUUGCAUACGCCGUCAGCGCCGCCGCGCACUGAUUCGGACAGCGUGUCGGACACGCCUCGCGCGCCGCCGCAACGCACGCCGUCAGUCGUAUCGGCGGCGUACGGCGGCUCGCCGCGCGCGCGCCCGCGGCAACACAACUUCGUCGCCAAGAACUUCUACAAGCGGGAGACCUGCGGCCCUUGCGGGAAGACCAUAAAGUUCGCCAAAGUGGGCGUGAAGUGCGAAUCGUGUCGCGCUCAAGCUCAUCCCGAAUGUCGCGCGCUGCUACCGCUGCCCUGCGUGCCGCCCGGCCCGCACGCGCGCCGCGCCAACGGACACCAGGAGGGCAGCAUAGCGGACUACGCGCCGAGCGCGCCGCCGAUGGUGCCAGCGCUGCUGGUGCACUGCAUCAACGAGGUGGAGAAGCGAGGCCUGGGAGAACGAGGCAUAUACCGCAUCAGCGCUGUCGAUAAGGACGUUAAACGACUCAAGGAACGUUUUCUCCGCGGCUGCGGUUCCCCCCAACUGGCCAACGAAGACAUCCACGUACUUUGCGGCUGCAUCAAAGACUUCCUACGAUCCCUACGCGAACCGCUCGUAUCUAAUGCAUUGUGGAGCGACUUUAUGGACGCAGCCAAACUAAGCGAGCCCAGUGACGCCACCGCUGCAGUUGUCCAAGCAGUCAGCCAGCUGCCUCAGCCUAACAGAGAUACCCUGGCUUUCCUGGCGCUGCAUUUGCAGAAAGUGGCCGAGAGUCCGGAGUGUGAGAUGGGCGUGGAGAACUUGGCCAAGAUCUUCGGGCCCACCAUCGUGGGAUACGGGCUCAUGACGCAACCAGCUGAGAUGUAUACCGCUACUGCGCAGAUGUUCAAUGUGAUGCAGCUGCUGCUUCGUCUGCCGGCGGAGUACUGGGCGCAGUGGGCGUGCGCGGAGCCCGCGUCGCCGCCCGCGCCGCUUGCCCGCCCUAAAGGGUUCUUCUUCUCACCUGCCGAUACCGGUAUAUCGAGAAAGAAGAGAAACUAUUUCCAGUGACAUUGAGUAAGUUAACAUUAAAUAGAUAUUAUAACUAAUUUACGUGUUACUAAUGUUAGAAUUAAUUUUCUUUUGGUUCAAUCGGAACAGUUAAGUUAACCAUUAUAUUUUUUGUAGGUAUAUAACUUUGUAUAUUACAUUACAACUUACACUAGAAAAAUACAUUUGAUUUCUACUAUACAUACAGGAUAUUGUCCAUUUGGCACAAGUUUUGUUUUACAAAAGAAGGAAUAUCUUGUCCAUGGCACAUCCUGUUUAUUAUGUGUGUAAAGUUAUUUAAUUUAUUAGUAUAUUGGAUACAAUAGGACAUAGUUUAUACUCUUUUAAUUUUGCACUUUUCAUAUUUUAAAA